AUGGCCGAAUCGAUUUCUGAAUCUCUUUACGAUGACGUGGAUUUGAAUGAUGACACACCAGAAGUUCUGAACACUCCAGAAAUCCCUCCAGAACCCAAAAAGGCCCAAAAUCCCCAGAAUUCCCAAAUUUUCAAGGUGAAAAUCGCUGAAUUCGAGAAGCGAGGCGGUUUCUUUGAUGUGCAUUUUGUGUAUCGUGUGGAGACGGAGGUCGAAGGCGUCGCUGGCUACAACCGGAAGCGGUAUGACACGUGGCGCCGAUUCACAGAAUUCAUGGAUCUUCAUGAGAAAAUCGUGGCAAAAUAUCGUCAAAAAGGGGUAAUUAUUCCACAGCCUCCAGAGAAGAAGAUGUCGGUGAUGGCGAAGGCAAUGGACGUCAUUGACAAGAUCACCAUUCCAAUAGAGGAGACGGAUCAGUGGUUUGAGAAGGCCAACUCGUCGUGGGAGGAGCUAGAUGAGAAUCUGCGAAAAUUGCAUGCAGAAGCCGUUGGGUUGGUGCAGCAUCGCAAGGCAAUGGCUCUGAAUGGAGAAAUGUUGGCUAAGUCCCUCUCUUCCCUCGCCGCUUCUGAAGACUCCACAACCCUCUCCUUGGCUCUCACCUCCCUCACAGACACCUAUGAGCAAUCGGCGAGCAUCUGGAGCCGCCAAGCCGAAGAGCACAAUGCUAAGUUCGCAGAAGCCGUCGAGGAGUACCUGGGCCUUCUGGAGUCAAUUCGUGACGUCGUCGCGGAGCGGAUUCAUGUCUGGCAGCAGUGGAAGAAAGCGCAGAAGACGUUGGAGGAGUUGAGAUCCAAACUCAGCACGGUUGACGAUUUGAAAGUCAAAGAGCUCAACAGGGAAAUCCAGGAGACUAACGAAGCCAAGGAACGUCUUCAGAAGGAAUUCGACGAGAUGAGCAAGGCGAUCAAAGUGGAAAUUGAGAGAUUUGAAGAGGAACGACAGGAGGAUAUGAAGCACAUUUUGGUGGAUUUCAUUCAGAAUAUGAUUCAGUCGCAUAUCCAGGUGAGUUUGAGGUCAUUUUUUGAUACAAAAAUGGCGAAAAAUAGUCAAAAAACGAAAACUCAAUUUGCAAAAAUUAGGCCACCAUGCUUAAAAUGGCCUAAAAUCCUGAAUUUCGCCCUCAAAAUUGUCAUUUUCAGAUCGCAGAACUUUGGGACCAAUUUGCUCCGUACGCCCAGAAGAUCAUCAUCUAAUCAUUGCUCAUUUUCUGGAAUUGGUCAUUGCUCAUCUUGA